GUAGAAAACAAACGCUUGGGGCGAGCGUCGGGCGCCAUAGGCUUCCUAGUCAGUCUGCAGCCGGCAUGCCAAAGUCCCAGCCAACCAAUAUGCUGAUCUCUGCCAGUGGUGUCGAUGACGAGGAUGAGGAUGUCUUUUUGAUGGAGCCGAUGACGCCAAGUGAACCACUGCAGCCGUGCGAAACCCCCUCUGAAAAAGUAGACGUCCGUGAUUUCCAGAGCCGAAGCGCUUUGCCUAGAUCGGAUCAUGCUGAGUUGUUGCAGAAGCCUGAUGUGAGACCCAAGACUAUGACCGACAGUCUGUUGGAACAGCCGUGUGAAACCAUGUUUGCCACUGCCAAAACUCUAGGUAUCCUGGAUCUAGGUGCUUCACAAACAGUGAUGGGCCGACAUCAGCUUGAUGAAUUCAUGCGUGGCCUGCCUGAAUCUGUCCGCAGCAAAGUUUUUGAGCAGCCAGUGGAGAUGUCUUUUCGCUUUGGAAACAACAGUGUGGUCCCGUGCAAUAGAGCCAUUUUUGUUCCCAUUGACAAGUUCUGGAUCAAAAUUGCUAUUGUUGAGUCUCGCACCCCAUUCCUAAUUUCCAACAAUGUGUGCCGGAAUUUAGGAGCGAUUAUUGACACCAACAACCAAAGCAUUCGAUUUCAGAAACUGAACUGCGAAUUGCCACUUCAGCUGUCGGGAAGAAAGCUCUUCCUGCUAGACUUUUGUGACCUUGCUGCACAGAGACCACCUCAGACACCGACGAUGCCUGAAAAAUCAGCGAGUGCUGAAGAUCGCAUUUUUUCCUGUUUGGAAGACCAAGAGCCGCAGAAGCUAAACAAUCAGCCAGAACCGGCCAUUGAAUCUCAUGAGUUGGUUCUCGCCCUGUUUGUGCUCAGUCCGCAUCCAAAGAAUCUCAUGGCGAAUCGCUCCCUAGCCGAUCGAUUUCAGAUGAUCCAGACGACUCAGACCAAGCAUGCCCAAGAAGAUCGUCUGAUGUCAAUGAGCUUCGAGGAAAUGGGCAAGCUCACCAUCCGUUUCGGAGAGAGCAAGGUGGGCCAACAGUACAGCGAGGUUGUCCAAGAGGAUCAGAAAUACUGUCAGUGGUUCAUCCGCAAAUUUGCGGAGUUGAGCAAGCGGGAGCAUCGCGAGUUCCUGCACUAUCUCAACCUCUAUGUGGAGAGGAAGGAGCUCGAGGUGAUUGGACUAGACCAUGCAGCCCCAAAGUCCCAAGCCAAGCCUCCAAACAAGACCAAGGCUGGCAUGGCACAUGGGAGCCAAUCCAAUGGCCCAUCGAUGAUCGACCUGGAUCCCGAGGACGAGACCUGGGAUCAAAUCAGUGCUCAGGGCAUGAUCACCGAAAAUCGCAACUCGCAGCGUCUGGAUGUGAUCGAGGAUGCCCUCUCGCAGAUCAUGACCCAGCUCCAAGUACUGACGCAAGUGACUCAGAGCCCCAGCCUUGCGUAG